GGAAGUCGCGGUGGUGCGGCCGAAUUCGGCGGCGCCACGUCUGGCUCGGGGCUCCCCUCCCUCCCUCCCUCCCUGCCCGGGGCGGCGGCGGGAGCAGCGGGCGGAGCGCGGCCGGACCCUCGUCUCGUCUCUCCUUCAGCGGCCGGCUCGUAGCGCGGUCUCGGCAGCGGCCGGGCGCGGCGGCGACGACUACGACAUGUCCGACCUAGGGGACUGGUUCCGGAGCAUCCCGCUGAUCACCCGUUACUGGUUCGCCGGCUCCAUCGCGGUGCCGCUCAUCGGCAAACUGGGCCUCGUCAGCCCCGUCUACCUCUUCCUCUGGCCCAGCGCCUUCAUCAACCGCUUCCAGAUCUGGCGGCCGAUAACUGCAACUUUCUUCUUCCCAGUGGGACCUGGAACAGGAUUUCUCUACUUGGUGAAUUUGUAUUUCUUAUAUCAAUAUUCAUCACGAUUAGAAACAGGGGCUUUUGAUGGAAGGCCAGCAGAUUACAUGUUCAUGCUCCUGUUUAACUGGAUCUGCAUUGUUAUAACUGGCUUGGCAAUGGACAUGCAGUUGCUGAUGAUUCCACUUAUCAUGUCAGUACUUUAUGUGUGGGCCCAACUGAACAGAGACAUGAUUGUAUCAUUUUGGUUUGGAACAAGAUUUAAGGCCUGUUACCUCCCAUGGGUUAUUCUGGGAUUCAACUACAUCAUUGGUGGAUCAGUCAUCAAUGAGCUGAUAGGAAAUCUGGUUGGACACCUGUAUUUCUUCUUAAUGUUUAAAUAUCCGAUGGAUUUGGGAGGAAGGAAUUUUCUGUCCACACCUCAGUUCCUGUACCGCUGGUUGCCAAAUCGAAGAGGAGGCAUCUCAGGGUUUGGUGUCCCUCCUGCUAGCAUGAGGAGAGCUGCAGAAGAUCAGCAGGGGGGUGCAAGACACAACUGGGGCCAAGGUUUCCGACUGGGUGACCAGUGAAGAAUUCCUGUCCUUGGAAAAGAAGCAACUCUUCAUUUUUUAUUGGACAUAGAACCAACCCUUCCUGGUGCAGAGUAUGCUUAAGAACUGAGCUCUCUGUAGUACUCUUGGAUUUAACUGAUUAGAAAGAGUAUUUCUGGUUCAAGAGAAAACUCAAAACUCCAGAAGGGAAAAUUGUAGAUCUUGCUCCAGGCUAGCCAGUAGUGUCCAAUUUGAUUCUGCCAUUAAAAAAAGCCUUCUUUAUACAGUAUUGUCUAUCUCUUGCAAGGGGCAUCCAUUAUGCCAUCUUGUUCCAUGGUGUGAUGGAACAAACUAAUGGUGUUCUCUCUCAUCUGGUACGUUAAAAGCUUUGCUGACUGUGAUUAAGGUAAGAAUCCAGUGUGAGGCAGAUGUAUCAAAUAACCCUGAAGUUUAGAAAGCUGACUUUUUCCAUAGCUGUGCUUAAAUCCCAGGGUCUUUGGGAACAUUAUUUAAGUGAUAUCUCUCUGCUGCAUUCAUAAAGCAAAUUGCAAACAUUUCAUUUCCAUUAUUAAGCUGUAUUUUGAAGGGAGUUUUUCCUUGCCAUUCAGCAUUUGUCAUGGCUGCUACAGCAUGGGAUGGACAAGACGUAGGAUAAGAGGGCUUUUGUUUGAAAUGGCAAUAACAGGUAUUCACAGAAUUGAAAUAUCUGAACUCUUCGUGGCAUCUCUGAAUUCUUGGCCUCAAGAUUUCUGUUUUGAUUGCACAAUUGGGUAACACAUACUACUUAAACUAGAAAAUAUCACGUAUCGUUGUGGUUAAUGUAAAGGGUACUGACUGCAGCAUUAUGUUUAUUAACUGAAUCUUCAACUUUCUCUUACAAGCUUUAAGACAUCAAAGAAUCAAAGCUGGAAAUAAACUUUUCCAGGGUCAAGUUACAGUAGAACAGAUUGCUCUAUUACAGAUCUCUUUCAUUGUCAAAUAAGAAAUUAUGUACACUGUUUAUUGGUUUCUGUACUUUUUUGGUAAAACUUUUUGACACGGAAAAGGGAAUGAUUCUGUACAGUAGUUUGCCUCAUACUGGGUUCCUGUGGGUAGAGCACAGGGUUGAAAUCUGGGAUGCUGUGAUGCUAGCUUGUUGCUGACUCACUGCAUGGACUUGAGCAAACUAUUACUAAUCUCAGUUUUCCCAGCUGUAAGGAGGGCUCAUUUGUGUCACACAGCAUUCUUGAAAGGCAGCUGUCCCCAGCUCCCCAUGGUGGAAGCUGUUAGUGAGCAAGGUAAGGCUUAGGUUCACAGAAAUGAGAACACUUGAGCUAGGAAAACAAUUACUCUAAGCUUAACCAAGACUGAAGUUGUAAAAUAGUUGCUUGCUUUUUGUUUUACAGUCGGAGAAUGAAGAGCACCAUCACUAGGAUGAGAUUCAAGUCUUUGAUUGAAUUUCCCUUUAGCAUUUGUCUGUCUUUUUACUGGGUAGGUAGGGCACAGAAGGAUGUUCUUUCUGCUCCAACUGGGGUGUCUCAGGUAUCUAUAAGUAGGUGAAGUGAAUCUGGGCCAAAAUGUUUUUACUACUCCUUUGUUUCUUCACAAAAGCUGGGUUUUGAAAGUUUAGAAACAUGUACAUACUACUUGGUUUGAGUGAAAAAUAAGCAGUUGGACUGGAAUAUUUCAGCUGGCUUGUUUGGGGAAAAAAACCUGCAACUCAGUUUUUUGAUCCAACCUGUGAAAAAAUCUAAACUGCUAAGGAUGAUAUUGUGUGCUUAAUUUUUAUAGGAACUUGGAGUUGAGAAAUCACCCACCAUUUUUGUCCAUUCAGUGAUAACUUUAAAGAUGCUCUUCUCUUGUUCUUUUUAAAAAGGGUAGAUAGAAAAGAGGAUGGCAGUGUUGUAAAUACAAAUCCAUUGUUGACCAACAGCUGCUAUUUGGCACUCACUUGAAAAGUGUGAAAAACAUCGUUUUUAGAGGUUUCAUGAUGCAGUUGGUGUUUUAAUCAUUGUAAUACCACUGUCUCCAUAGCCUGUCUUCAUCUUGAUCUUGAGCCAGUACCUGACUGUUAAGUGAAGAUGGAAUAGUUUGUGACUCAGCUAAAACCCUGGCACACUCAAAUUCCAGAACAUCAUUUUAGCGAAUGCCAGUAGAAAGCCUUGAGUGAGAAGAAGUCAUUGCCUGUUUUUUCUUGUGGCUUUUCUAAAUUACAAGGAAAGGGUUUUCAAGGAAAAUAGACUUCUUAGAAGUCAUGUUUAUCUUUUAGCUGCUUCAAGUCAAUUUACUUUGAUAUAUGGAAAAUUCACUUCAGAAUUCCAUAUUGCGAGCUCAGUUUGUUGGUUUUUUUCUUGCCUGUCACUUGACCUGAAGCACUGCUUGUCCUCCAGUGUACACUGACAAUGGCAGUCUCUUGUUAAAUGAGUACCUCCUUUCUUAUUUUGUACAGAUAAUUUCCCUUUUUGUAAUCAGUUUUUGUUGGCAAAGUUUUAAAUUAAAGUUUUAAUCUCUGUUACUGUCUCUGUUUCCCUAAAUCAUAUUUCAGCUCAGGCAAGGCUGUGAUCUGCACGUCCUGGGGAAAUGCCUGACAGCUGCACGGUGACACCACCUCCUACUGUUAGUACUCAAGAAAAUAACCUGCUUUUUGGCUGGGGCUCAUCUUCUCUGAUCAGUUGCAAAACCAUAAAGGCAUUUUCUUUGUCUCUGUCACUGUGAGUUUUGACAGCCUGUCCUUCCUGGGCUACUACAGUUUUACAGCUUUUUUUGUAUACUUGAUGAUUCAUUCUUUGUUGUUCUCUGGAAAGAAGUAACAUUCUACUCACCUUCCAGCUUUUUCUGAUUGACAGAGAUCAUUUGCUUUUCCAGGGCUGAACUUGGUAUUCUGCAGUACCCUAUCUCUAUUCAACCAGAUGUGUGUAGCUGUCAGAAUCUCUUUGGAGGGUCACCCGAUCUGGAGACACAUGGAACAUCCUCUGAAUGACUUCUGGUCCUCAUCACUCAUCUGACUGCACUUUUCCUGUUUGUUACCAGAGAGGCACCAAAGGGGAUCAUGGACUUGGUACCUCAGGCACUGUGUGAAUUUAUUGUGCUCCUUGUACUGGAAAGUUUUGCUCCAUACUAAAUACACCAGAUAGAACAGUGUG